AUGUGGUUUUAUUUAUUAGAAGAGGAACCAAAUGACAUAAUCGAUGCCUAUAGCUAUGAUGAUAUACAUGAUCCGAAAAUUGAGCCGGAAACAAUAAUUCAAGAAGAAGAAGAUGAUGACGAUGACGAGUAUAUGAUGAAUACUGAGGACUAUGAUCGCCAGUACUUUUUUCAGCCCACAAAAAUGCCCAAAAUUGAUACAACUCCUAAUACAAGUUUCAAUAACAAAUAUCAACGUAAUCCCGAAACAAAUAUGUUCCAUUGUGUCGAAUGUUUAUUGGAAUUUAAACUGCAACGUAAUUUGGUACGUCAUAUGUUGACGCACACAGACGACAGGCCCUUCACUUGCGAAUUAUGCUUGAAAUCGUUUAAGCGCAAAGAUAAUCUACAAAAGCAUAUACGAGAUGUUCAUGCUGAGAAACAUUUUGCUUGCAUUAAAUGCGAUAAAAGAUUUGCAACGCAUCGACAACUAUGUAGGCACAAACAAACCAGCCGUCAUACCAAAAUUAAAUAA